UACUGCUGCUGAGAAAGUAUGGUUGGUUGCUCAAGCGCUCGGGGACAUUGCCUUUGCCUUUCCAUUCUCUCUUAUAUUUCUGGAGAUUCAGGACACAUUAAAGGCGCCUCCUCCAGAAAAGAUCACCAUGAAGAAGGUCUCGAUAAUGGCAGCCUGUAUUACAACUUUUUUCUACCUUUGCUGUGGGGGAUUCGGUUAUGCAGCCUUUGGUAAUUCCACACCAGGGAACCUCUUGACAGGAUUUGGUUUCUACGAACCGUAUUGGCUUGUAGACUUUGCUAAUGCAUGUGUUGUUCUCCAUCUAGUUGGUGGAUAUCAGAUUUUCAGCCAGCCACUAUUUGCAGAUAUUGAGAGAUGGUUUGCCAGAAAAUUCCCAGAGAGCAAGUUUGUUCACAAGAAUCACACCCUGAAACCUCUACUAAUGCUGCCACUUAAGUUUAAUUUUAUGAGAUUAGUCUUCCGAACAGCUUAUGUAGCAUUAAUCACUGGGAUAGCAGUAUUUUCCCCUUACUUUAACCAGGUCGUAGGGGUGUCUGGGGCGAUAACCUUUUGGCCUAUCGUCAUUUAUUUCCCUGUAGAGAAGUACUUAACCCAGAAAAAAACUGAAAUUUGGAAAACCAAAGCUAUCGUGCUUCGCGUGUAUACAAUGGUAUGCCUGGUUGUGAUAUUCUAUGCAUUUGUAGGAUCCAUUAGAGGAGUGAUAGUCGCUAGGUUCAGGUAAAAUAUACUAUACUUCUUCAUAUACCUACUGAACAGGCUUUAGUCAGAGGAAAUGUAAAUGAAUUCUUAGCAGUGUGUAAGUCUUGAUUAUGUAAACAAACAAUGUUUUACUUUGUCAACAACAAAAUAUGCCAUGAAGUGUAAUUUUGAAGA